GUUACGCAGAUUGUUCGUUCGUGUCGUCCGUUUGUUUUCCACACGCCGAGACACCGAGUAGCAAGAAAAAAAUUCCAUAUUCACCAAGAAAAAAAUACUACGCCACACUCUCAUACACACACGUAUGAAACGCAAUAGCGUGCUUUAAGGAAAACUAGUGUGAAACGUAUCGUCAUAGCCGCCGCCGCCGUAGCCGCACAAUACAAGUUUUAAAUGAAAAUAUCGUAAAUUCUUCUAUUGAAAAAGAAUUAAAAAAAAACCAGGAUUUAUUACAAAAAACGGAAACAAAACAACAAAAUUCACCAAAGAUUAUCAAGAAAAUUUGUGCAUUAUUAACUGAGAAAUAAAUAAAAAAAAAAUCUAAAGCUGCCCUGCAUUUGUGGAUUUACCGCCGGCAAACGGUUGUUAAGUUAUUUUUAAUUAAAAAAAAUAAAUAAAAAAAAAUCAAGUGAUUUGUUAUACAACCCAAGGCAGAAGAAGAAGAAUUUUUGUGUUUCUAUGCUUUUCUGCAGAAAAAUAUUGAAAUGUUAAUUACAAAUUUUUAAAAAAUCUUUUUUUUUCUGUUAAAAAAAAAGAAAGAAAACAAAGUGUUCUGCAAGCUAUCAAAGCUUUGUGUCUGGUGGAGUCUUUGAAUAUUUUUUUUUUGUACUGAAAAUUUCUGGUUUUGUGUGAAGCAUCCGAAACUCCACCCAAUUAAAUGACAGUGCACAGUAAUGACAGUGGUGUGUGUUUAGUAAUGAAUGCCGUUUCAACUCGACCAAGUGCAUCGCCCACCUCAACACAAACACCUCUGCACCAACAAAGCCUGCAAACCCAACCAACUAAUCUAAGUACCACCAACCAUCACACAAAUCAUACGGCGUCAUCACUGACCCUCAACGCCACAGCCGUUGCCGCCGCCGCCGCUGCAGCAGCCGCUGCUGCCGUUGUUGCCGCCGUGCCGUCAUCAACCGCCUCAUUAACCACGCCCUCUGUUGCCAACGCAAUGGCAGUCACGUCAACAGUACCGCCGGGCGCGCGUUCCAUCUCACCCGCCACACCAUACAGCACCUCCUCGUCGGCGUUAUCCUCAACGGGGCCAGGUUCCGCAGCCGCCGGCCCUCCACCGCCUACAUCAGUAUUACCUGGACCAUUGGCUCCGGGUUCGGCGGGAGCGCCGCCACCACCACCCCUACCCGGUGCACCAGGCUCGGGCCCUGGUUCGGGAAGUCGUUGUUGUGAUACGGGUCGUACGAUUUACACAGAUCCCGUUAGUGGUCAAACAAUAUGCUCCUGCCAAUAUGACAUUUUAAGCUAUCAAAGACUAGCCGCUGCCGGAGGUUUAGUUGCCGGUCCCGGUGGUGUGCCCAUGGGUGUAUAUCCAGAAGGCAUGUCAGCGUAUCUAACGGGUAUGGGUGCUGAACAGCCACCGUUCUAUGCGAAUCCGGGUGGCUUGGAUUUGAAAGAAAAUUUGGUGGCCGGUGGAGCCCCUUGGCCUUAUCCCUCAGUAUAUCAUCCCUAUGAUGCUGCCUUUGGUUAUCCCUUUAAUAGUUAUGGCAUGGAUUUAAAUGGUGCCCGCCGAAAAAAUGCCACACGAGAAACAACAUCUACACUUAAGGCUUGGCUCAAUGAACACAAAAAGAAUCCUUAUCCCACAAAAGGAGAAAAAAUUAUGCUGGCAAUUAUAACGAAAAUGACAUUGACACAAGUGUCGACGUGGUUUGCCAAUGCACGCAGAAGACUGAAGAAAGAAAAUAAAAUGACCUGGGAGCCACGCAAUCGAGUCGAUGAUGAUGAUUGUAACUUAGAUGAUGAUGAUCACAAAAGUACCGAUGAUAAUGAUGUUUUAGAUGCCAAAGACUCUGGCUUGGGCUCCAAUGAGGACAAGGAGCAUCGUUUACCCGGUGAGGGCAAUAACAGUGAAUGGUCUGGUUCCCGCCCCGGCUCUCCCAAUGGUUCUCCCGAUUUAUAUGAUCGACCUGGAAUGAUGCCAGGCGGUGGUCAUCCUCUCUUCCAUCCCGCCGCUUUACAUCAUUUUCGGCCACCAGCAGGUUCGCCACCAGACAUUGCAGCCUAUCACCAUCAUCAGCAACUGAUACAACAGCAUCAGCAGGCCCAGCAGAAUUCUUUGCAUGCUGUGGGAGGAGCGCCCAGCAGUACCGCUAGUCUAGUGGCUAAGCCUCGCAUUUGGUCGCUGGCCGAUAUGGCCUCCAAGGAUGCCAACAAAGAGUCAGGCAACAAGGACAGUCCCCCGGGUAGUGAUUUGCCACCAACACACCCUGCAUUCUAUGGCCAUCCGGGCCAACAUGCUAGUCCUGGGAAAAUUCUCUCUCCUUUGGCGGCUAGAAUACCAAAUUACUCGCCCUAUGUGAGACCAGAUUUGUAUAGAGGUUUCUAUGGCCCAGCGGCGGCAGCAGCUGCUCAUUUAGGUGCCCCCUCACAAGAAUUUCUGGAACACCAAAGAACAUUUGGCGCCAGUCUGGCGGCCCACAAUGGUCUCGGCAUGAAUCCCUUGCUGUGGAAGGCCGCAGUCACGGGGGCAGGAGGACCACACUUUAACCCGCUUAGUUUAACCACAGGACAUCCCCACAAUCCCGCCCAUCAAGUACCACCCUCGGGGGCCUCACCAUCUGGCUCUAGCACUACUUCAUCCAUGGGUUGUGAUGUGGUGCAAACACCACCCUCCAGUCAGCCUAGCUCCCAUCACAACAUAGGACCCAUAUCCCAUAAUUCCAAUUCAUCCUCCUCCUCUACGAACUCGGACAAAUUGUCACCUGGUAAACCAUGACAAACACGUGCAGAGUCACCGGCGCCCCAUGCAAAUACAGCGACGACACCUACAGCAAAUAACGGCGGCAAACCAAAUAAUCUGGCUACAACCUCACCUCUCUCAGCAUUUCGCUCUUUAAUUGCCUUCAGGGAGCAGCAUUUACAACAGCAAACACCCAAACUCUCAUUGAGGCCCUAAGAUGUUAGCAAAAGGAAGCAAGUAUGACGAAGAAAAAAAAAGAAAUAAAAUAUUUUGGACAAUAAUUUAAAAUGUGAUGAGAGAAAAAACUAAGGAAAACAAAACAAAAAAAAAAAACAUAAUACGGAAAAACCAUUUAUUUUAAAUUUUAACAAAGACAGGGUUGUUGGUGUAAGCAAAACACCAGAACAAAAGGGGGUGUCUUUAGCACAGCCACAUUGCUAGCAGUUGCUGAGAGUAAACGAAAACAGAGUUGUUUCAAGGCCAUGGCAGCAAAACAAAAACACAGAGAUGUUAUUCAGAGAAAACACUUAUGCAAACAGAGCUUAUAGAGUAAUUUAAACCAGAGAAGACUACACAAAUAAAAAGAUGUUUUUCUAAUUUGGUGUUGAAGAGAGUGAGCGAAAGAGAGAAGGAUAAAGAAGAUUUCUCUUAAGAAAUCCCUUACAUGUAAUAAACUGUAAAUAGCCGAAGUCGGGAAGAUGCGCCACGGGUUGGCAGAGCAGGGUUAUAUAUGGAAAAUUAAACCAACAUAUCAAGGCAAAGAGCGUACAGAAGGCAGCCCAUUAGAUAAUGCCCAAGCUGGUGAAAUUUCAAUGAAUGUAUUUUUUUAACAUAAUUUAUAGGUUGUUUUUUAUGUUUUAAGUUUUAAAUGUUUUUAUGUUUUUCCUAUUAUUUGAUUUUGAUAUAAAACCCAUUUUUAAGUAAAAAAAAAACAAUUUGUUCCUGUAUAAAAAUAUAAUUUCAGAUUUAGUAAAACAUAGGCGGCGGCAUGACAAUGCACAGCAUAUAGGUAUUUAUUUAAAAAUAACAAUAACCAGAAAAGCACAAAUAAUGAAUGACUUCAUAUAAAAGGAAAAAAGGAAAUUAAAAAAAAAAAAAUUAAAUUAAUCCCUAAAAAUUUUUCAAGUGUAAUAUGAUGAUGAUGAGCAUAUAAUAAUAGAAGUAAUAGUAUAACAUAAAGAUUAGCAAGUACUCGUUAUUAUAAGUCGGCUGUAAAAUGUGUAUAUAAAGAAAUUAAGAAAAACAACAAAACUUAUUAAUUAUAACAAUUAUCAUUAUUACUUAUAUACAAUAUUAUUAUGAUUAUGAUUAUUGAUAUAGAACACAACACAAAAGAAAACAUAAUUUUGUAAAAUUUAGUAUUAAUAAUAAACAAACAGAGAAAAUUAUUUGAAAAAUAAAAAAAACUAACAAUAAAUUAAAGCAUAAAAAAAGAUAGCAUAAAUAAAAAUGUAAGCCUCAAACUGAGAAUCCAAACCCUCCCCCCUCCAAACCCCAUAAAUGAAUAAAACAAUAAAAGAAAAACUGUUGCUAAAAUAAAAUAAAUAAAAAAAAAACUUUGUAUAUUUCAAAAAACCAAACAGGCCGCAGACAAAAAGAUAAGAACAGUUGGAAAACAAGCAAAACAAUAAUCAUGAAUGUAAGUACUUAUGUGUAAAAAAAAAUAAAUAUUUCAUAAACAAAAACCAAAAGUUAUAGCAAUAAAAAUUAAUGAUUUUGUAAGUAGUCAGAAACACCCACAGACAGAAUUUUACACACACAUGCAUUAAAGAUACAAAAACACCCAUAGAAGAAAGCUCAAAAUAUAAAACGAAAAAAAAAACAUGAAACAUUAAAAAUUAUAACAGAAUUUAAACAGAAAGAAAACUGGAUAGAAACAGAAAUACGCAAUUACCUGGUCCCACAAUCCCACAAACCAACACCUCAACCAUAUUAGCUACCAUUCAUCCCCUAGAUCCCAAUUCCCAAAACUUGACCACAUACACCAAAAUAAUUUAUCAGACAGAUAUUUAUUGCAAAUAUUAUAUCUGUUUGAUAAUAAAAAAAAAAACAACAUCAAACACCAACAUACAUACACACAAGUAUAUCUAAAAAUCUUACAAAUUAAUAAACCCAUAAAAUAUAUAUACUUAUAAAUAUAAAACAGAAACAAUUACAAACAUACAAAAAACACAGACAUGCAAAACAAAAAAAAAUGUUAAUAAAUUAUAUGAUAACAACAAAUAAUAAUGAUAUACAAGAAAACAAAAAAGAAGAAAACCGAAAAAAAAAACAAAACUUAGUUGCAAUAUGAGAGAAUGAAAGAU